AUGUCAACUGAAAUGAAGACGAACGCUUUCCAAGAACGAAUUAUAUUAAACGUAGGGGGGAUAAAAUAUGAAACAUUUCGUUCAACGUUAAUAGCUUAUCCCGAAACAUAUUUAGGCACAAUGUUUGCGGACAGGAAUAGGGAAUUAUUACGUCCAACAAAUGAUAAUGAAUAUUUUAUAGAUAGAGAUGGGAAAUUAUUUAGGUAUAUUUUACAGUUUUAUCGUACAGGGAAAAUUCAAUUUCCCCCUUCUAAAGAUAAUAAAUAUUCUAAAGAGGAAAUUUAUGUAGAAAUCGAUUUCUUUCAACUUCCCAACUUCUUGCAUACCCAACAAGUAAAUUUAACGUUAUCACAAAGAGCACAAAAUGCGUCGGCGAAAAAAGUAGAUGCAUUUGUAAAUGCUUUAAUAGAAUGUAUUAAUGAAGCAAUGGAAUGCUUUGAAAUUGCAAUCCCAUUUUCAAUUCAUCGUAUAGUACCAAAAGAUUAUGAGACUUAUUGGGAUGAAUAUGAAAAGUUGGCUCCAUUCGUCAGAUAUAUUAGACCUUUUUGUAAUGUAGGGUAUUUUAUUUUAGAAAGGUUCCAUAAAGAAAUUGGUAAUUCUCUUAAAAAAGAACUUGGCACGGAUUUAGGUUGGAUAGUUGAGAAACAUAACAAUGAUGUUGCAAAGAUGGAUUAUUAUAGGAUUAAUAUCACUAUACCCGAAGAAUUCUAUGAUACGAAAAAAAUCUUGCAGAAUAGUAAUUUUUUAGAAUCUCUGCCUGAAUGA